UGAUCCAUUGCUAUAUUCUUAAUACGUUCAAGUUUAAUAGAGAUAUACAGUAUUUUUUUUUGCUUGAUUAAUAAGAAGUCUAGUUUGAAUCUUUGAGACAAAAAUUUAUAUAUAAUAGCAGGUUGUGUGUUGGUUUGAUAUAGAUAUUAGUUUUUAUAGUUUUCUGACUUAAUACUUUAGAUAUUUAUCCAGGAAGUGUCUGUUUCUAUUGUUUUCCUAUCCGACUAAUGGAUUAUUGGAUCAGUACGGAUUACUGUUGACUUUUUGUAAAAAAAAAAAAAAAAUUUUUAAAUCUGUGGUUUGUUUUUCCAUAUUAUAAGUAUUUCAUCAAUAUGCAUUUUCUAUAAAAGAGUAUUUCAUGUAAAUAGAAGGGGAGCAUCUGUUAAUCGGUGGCUUUGUUACGUAUAUCUUGUCUUUUAUAGUGUAUCCAGUAUAUGCUUAAAUAAAUAAGUAAAUGUAAAUAGAAGAUAUUGUCAGGCUCACUAAUUCGCAUACAAGUAACUCAAAGAGUAGAGCUACCAUUGGACUUUCCAUAGAUAUUCUUAUUUUGCAUAUAAGCUAUAGAAAUAAUGGCCGACAAGAAAUCAGAAAAAAGAAAUCAGCUCAUUCAAAAAUUAAAUGAAGACUUGAAUGAUUACAUUUCUAAUCUUAAGCCAAAGAAAUAUGAAGAAGGUUGGGCAGAGGAUAAAUGGGAAGAAGAAAUGGAAAAGCAUCCGGUAUUUAGGACACAACCGAUAAAAGAAGGAGAAGAAGUUUCACCCCUGAUAGAAGCCUUACAACAAUUAAAAUAUGAUCCAAAUGAAAAUACUCCUGAAGAGUUAGCAAAAAAUUAUAAAGAAGAUGGUAAUGAAAAUUUUCGUUUAAAGAAAUAUCGUUGGGCCAUUGACUGCUAUUCGGAGGGCCUUAAACAAAAUUGUCAAGAUGCCGACCUGCGUGUCCAAUUAUUUACAAACAGAGCAGCAGCACAUUUCCAUUUAGGUAAUUAUCGUUCAUCUCUAAAUGAUGCUAUUGAAGCAAGAACAUUAAAAACAACACAUAUGAAAGCGAUUGUUAGAGGUUCUCUGUGUUUUUUUGAAUUAAAAUUAUAUAAAGAAUGUAUUGAAUGGUGCAGUGAAGGUUUAGCUAUUGAUAAAGAAAAUGAAACAUUGAAGGAACUCAAAAUAAAUGCAAUGAAACUGAAGAAACUUAAAGAACAGGAAAUGAAGCAAAAGUCUUUACAAAAUAAAAAAGAUGAUGAGAGUAAUAGAAAGUUGAAACAAGCUAUAAUGGAAAGAGGGAUUAAAAUUAAACCAAGAAUGCCACAUCUGGAACCGGAAUGGGAUAUUCACGAUCUAGAAACUAGUCAUCCUGCAGCUAAACAAAAUGUACAUUUGGAUAAAGAUAACAAUCUCAUUUGGCCUGUUUAUUUUCUUUAUCCAGAAUUUGCUGAAAUGGAUUUUAUACAAGAGUUUGGUGAAAAUACAAGAUUUUUUGAUCAUCUGAAAGUCAUGUUUGGGUCACCAGAAAAUCGGCCUGAAUGGGAUAAAACAAAUUCUUAUAUUCCAGAAAAACUACAGAUAUACUUUGAAUAUAGUGAGGAAGAUUGUUUAGUGUCUGUUAAUAAAAAUUCUACUUUACAAGAGAUUCUUAGAGAUGAUAGAUAUUGGGUAAAAAAUGGAACACCUGCCUUCAUCAUUAUGGUUCAGAAUUCAGAAUUUGAAAAAGAUUUCAGAGGAAGAUAUAAAAAAGUUUUGUAAUAGAUUUUUACAGUACAUUAUUUAAAAUGCAAUAGCCGUUGUUUCACUUAUCUCAAAUUUUUCUGGCUCAGAAAACUCAUUUUCACUAACUUUAUAUAUGAUAAAUGAAAAAAAAAACAACAGAUAAUUUUUUAAAAAGUUUGGUUUAAUUACUGUAUAAAUGCAUUUUAUAUCAGUUGGCUCUAUCUUCAUAUAUAAAAUCACAUUGAAUGAAAAUUGAUGUAAGGGCUUUAUUUGAAGAUGGAACUGAUGCUACUCCUAAAUCUUUUAUAUAAUAAGUAAAUUGAAUGUUUUUAGUUUUGUAUCAUAAAAUUUUAUUAACAGAAAUUGCAUUAUAUUUUACUAACAACUGAAAUAAUUAACUCGAAAUUUACAGGAAAAUUGAAUGAUUCCAGUUUGCAGUGUUUUGGUUUUAAAUUUAGUUUAAACAAAAUUAUUUAUUAUCUUUACAAAAAUUAAAUCAAAAGUUAAUUAAAUAUAUUAAGACAAAAUUAAAAAUUUUAUGAACUCUUUCAACAUUAAGAGGACCUUCUUUUCUAUAUCCAUUAACAGUUAGGCCAGACCCACAAUUGGAAUGGUUGACUGAUAAGGGACAGACCCAUCAUAUCCUGAAUGAACCACCCCCUGAAAAAUUACCAGAGAGUUACUUUUACGUAUUCUAUGCUGGAUCCCUAACAUCUCGGCCAUCUGUCUGUCAUAUCUUUAAUGUUAAUAUUUGCAGGAAUAUAUUUUAGCAUUAAAAGAUAACGAACUAAAAAAUACUAUUAUCAGCAAAUAUUCACUUUUAUCUAAGAAAACAAGUAAAAUUUGAUGAU